GAAGUGAGGGUCACUGUUUACGGAAGUAGAAAGCAAAUGUGUUUUUCCUGUGGUUUAAACGCAGUUUUUUUUUUUGUCCAAAGUUUCUGGUUAUUGCUCCGCCUGGUGCUAAACUCGAUCUAGACAAGUAUCUAGUUUUUUCGCUGCUGUUAAGGUGAAAUCUGAAGGCAGAUCCGAUGCGAUCUACUUCAGAUGCGCUGAAGAUCGUGUGUUCCCUCCAGUCACCUGCACUGUUCCUUGGAGCGUCUAGCAGGUUGGUAGAGGGGUUGCUGAGCUGACACUGGCAGGAUGGGAGCCGAGCAGAGCGGAGAUGCGGAGCACAAACACUCCGAGCACAGCUCGCCGGCUGUGCCGUCUCCAGCAAAGCCCAAAGCAAAGAUGGAUGAUAUUGUGGUUGUGGCCCCGGGAACUCAGUCCAUGCGAAAUAUUCACAACGACCCUGAUGUGAUCAAACUUCAGGAGAUUCCCACCUUUCAACCGCUUUUAAAAGGAGUCCUGAGUGGUCAAACAACGCCCAGCAGUGUUUGCCUGGAGAGGCUGGACUCAUCCCAGGUUCUGCAACUCUGCACCCGAUACCAGGACCACCUGCACCAGUGUGCUGAGGCCGUGGCUUUUGACCAGAAUGCUCUUGUCAAGAGGAUCAAAGAGAUGGACCUGUCGGUGGAAACGCUUUUCAACAUAAUGCAGGAGCGCCAGAAACGCUAUGCCAAGUAUGCCGAGCAGAUCCAGAAGGUCAACGAGAUGUCCAUGAUCCUGCGUCGCAUCCAGAUGGGGAUCGACCAGACGGUGCCCCUGAUGGAGCGCCUCAAUAACAUGCUGCCUGAGAGCGAGCGCCUGGAGCCCUUCAGCAUGAGGGCCGAUGGAGAAUCUGCCACCAAGUAGCCAAUCGGGAAGCUGCUUCAGGAGCCAGAGCUGGCUCUGCUCCAGCUCUUCAGAGCAGGAACUAAGAUUUUAAUUCUCUCACUGAACAUGCAUUAUUGUCACAACAAACAUGUUUACUAUAGAGCUCUGAUACAGAAACUGUCAUCAUGAGCUCACCCAGACUAAUCAGCUGGACUACCUAGAAUGAAAUCUGCCAGAGUCCCAGCCGGUCCAAAGGCUGAAGAGCCAGAAUAUCUGUGGGCCUGUUAAAGCUUUUACUGGAGUUAAAUGUGAGAAACCUGCUGCUCUAAAGACCACAACUCUGAAUGCAUGUUGGAUUGUGCAUCUAGUCAUGGAGGUCCUGAACUAUUCAGCUCCUUCACCGCGAGGCUGUCUCGUUGCAGGAUCUAGGGGUUUCAUCUGGGGCACCACAAUCAAGACCUGAAAGCACGUGUGCAGAAAAAUGGAUUUGAACUUCUCUGGUUGCCUCAGGUACUUUGGAGGUAGCAAAAUUAGACUCAGAAAUCUCAUCAAACCACAUUUUUACACCGCUAAGGGAACGUUGUGCAUUAACUUAGUUUGCUGGUCACAGCGACAGCUGAGCGUCACACAUGCCAAAGAUCUGCAAACUAAGUGGGAGUUGAAGAACAGCCUGCGUUGGUUUUUAAUGCUUUUUCAGGGAGCUGACAGAUUCAGUUUCCCUCCCUUUUCUCUAAGAGUGGGAACUGUAAGCCGGGUAAAAAGGAUGUUUGUGGUUUUAGGUGAAAUCAGAGACAGCUGCUGCCAUAAAACUGAGACACUAAAUGGAAUUCAGUUGUGCUGGAAGGCUAAAAACGGCUUUAAUAAAUCAGUAUCAUCGUGCAAAAUUCAUGUUUUCCUUUCACAGAGAGAUGAUCUUUCUCCAGUCAGUAGAUUUGGGAGUUGACUUGGUUUUAAAAGAAGUAGUAUCACUUUAACGCUCAGUGUUUUAGUUUUGCGUGAUCACUAAAAAGCCGAUUCUAAUCACUUCUGUUGUCGUGCCUCAGAAGUCUUAGAAACCAUAAAUCAUGAAAAAACAAAAAGCUCAAAGAAGUCUUAUAGAAUUUCACCCAUCAAAUGACUCAUUUGUUUGUUUGUUUGCAGAAAAAUAAAAACAAAGAAGGAA